AUGGUUCUUGAGACCCUAGUCAAGAGGAUAACCUAAUUUUAGAUGGAAGAAAAAAACAUUAUGGAUCAAGAGAAUAAAUCCUAUUCGUAUUGGUUUUGUAUAAAUUGAUAUAAAUUAUAUGGAAGAUAAUUCAAUGUUCAAUAUCUUGAAAGCCCUUUUUAUUUAUUAUGUCAGAAGAAGUUUGUGUUAAGAGGAAGUGGUUUAGGAGAUACUCAAUAACUAAAUUUAUUGAAGAAUAAAGUUUUAGUCCUCUUACUAAAAGCAAAGAUUUAAUCCGAGCUUUUUCUCACCUUUAAAUUGAAUGCAAAAUGA